AUUCCAUAUCUGAAAAUUAUAAUUAUUUAUAAAGGGUAACCUAAAUCUGUGCUAACCACUGUGGACGUCAACUGUUCAGCGUUCCCACUUGUCAGCUAAUUAUUGCUUGUCCCUCCUUUGCUCCUUUUUUCUCUCUCUGCCUUUCUUCACACUAUUAAGAAAUGGGUUGCGUUCAAUCCACUGGCGUUGACAGCGACGCAAAGGCCCGCAAUGAUGAGAUCGAGAACCAACUUAGGCGCGACAAAAUGCUCGCCAAGAACGAAAUUAAAAUGUUGCUUCUUGGAGCUGGAGAGUCGGGGAAGUCGACGGUCCUUAAGCAAAUGAAACUCAUCCAUCAUGGCGGCUACAACGACUCGGAACGAGAUUCAUACAAGGAAAUCAUCUUUUCGAAUACCAUCCAGUCGAUGCGUGCCAUUCUAGAAGCGAUGCCUCAACUUGACAUCUCUUUGUCACCUCAAAAUGACGCUCGACGAGCUGUCAUUCUGGCGCUUCCCAUUCAGAUAGAGGGGGACGUCUUGCCCAGGGACGUAGCGGACGCCAUCCGCGGUCUUUGGAAAGACCCCGGUGUGAAAGAGGCUGUCCGUCGGUCUCGGGAGUUUCAGCUGAACGACUCUGCGGUCUAUUAUUUCAAUGCAAUCGAUCGCAUGUCAGCUCCAGGAUACCUACCGACGGACCAGGAUAUCCUCAGGAGUCGAGUAAAGACAACCGGUAUCACGGAGACGACAUUCAAGGUCGGAGAGCUAACAUACCGGCUUUUCGACGUCGGUGGCCAGCGAAGCGAGCGUAAAAAGUGGAUUCACUGUUUCGAGAACGUCACGGCACUUGUAUUCCUGGUCAGUCUCAGCGAGUAUGACCAGAUGCUUUACGAGGAUGAGAGCGUGAAUCGGAUGCAAGAGGCCCUCACAUUAUUCGAUUCCAUAUGCAACUCUCGAUGGUUUGUCAAGACGUCAAUCAUCUUGUUCUUGAACAAGAUUGAUCUCUUCGCCGAGAAGCUACCUAAUUCACCUUUGAGCGACUACUUCCCUGACUACACGGGCGGUGAAAACUACGAUGCUGCCUGCGAUUACCUGCUACAUCGCUUCGUGGCGCUUAACCAGAAUGCUGCGACGAAGCAAAUAUACGCACAUUAUACCUGCGCAACCGACACUCAGCAGAUUAAGUUUGUGUUGAGUGCGAUCCAAGAUAUCCUCCUACAGAUACACUUGCGCGAGUGUGGUCUAUUGUAAUCGGGGCCUGCGACUUCUGAUCAUGUUCCCUUCGUGGCUUUGCAACGCAUCAUUUGUUCCAUGUCCAGGUUCUAGGUACUCGCUUGCACUUUCUGGUUCUAUCACACACGGCUCUAUUUACUCAUCCUGUCUACUAUCUUCUCGUUAAUACGA